CCUAGCCAAAACAACGAAACAAUUGUCCCGAUGCAGAGUGCCGCUGCUGAAGGAACCUGUACAUCAAGGCAAUACGAGCUCAUUCCUUCACUCCCGCGCCCGCGCUUCCGCAGAUCCGCGUUCGAGUCGUGCGUCCCCAGGCCUUCGCUCUCCCGGCCACCCGUCCCGCGCUCCGCUAUAGCUACCACCGCCCCCUCUCCCCCACCCCACCUCACAAACCGAUCCCACCGGUGACCCCAUCCCCCCACCGAUCAACCAGCUAGGGUUUCGUCCCCUUCGUCUUCUCCGCCGAGCUUGGAGAGUUCGUGCUCAUUGCCUGAGGCGAGAUGUUCGGCCGCGGGCCGCCGAAGAAGAGCGACAGCACGCGCUACUACGAGAUCUUGGGCGUGCCCAAGGACGCGUCCCAGGACGACCUCAAGAAGGCCUACCGCAAGGCCGCCAUCAAGAACCACCCCGACAAGGGCGGUGACCCCGAGAAGGCGACCCGGCUCGGCGCGGCGCAGAACUGCUCGGCGAUGCUCGCCGGCAACCACCUCAUGCGGGACGCCGCCGCGCUCCCGGAGACCAAAGACUGGAGGGAGGAUGGGAUCGUUAGCCCCGUCAAAAACCAGGCCCAUUGCGGCUCCUGCUGGACGUUCAGUUGGGUUUACAGGAGCUCCUCCUCCUCAACCAUGCCAAGAUGGCAGCGGCGCGAUGCCGGUCGAGGACGUCGGCGUGUAGUCGCCCGAGGCGUCGCCGGGGUGCUACGUGCGGCGGGUCGACAAGGUGCUGCCCGAUGAUGACGGUUGCGACGAAGCCCUUGAGGACGACGGGUGGGGCACCGGGGAUGACGACCCCUUCGACAUCCCCGCCAAGCGCACGCCCGUCGAGAGGCUAUGGUGGUGGAGGGUUGCUAUGACGCGGACAAGCUGCUGCUGCAGGUGGAUGACUCCUCAUGGAUGCUCAACCUAUCUCUCCUACCCCCACACAUGUUUUCUCAUUACACUGAUGAUGCAAAGCUUCUCCUACUGCUGCUGCAUGUCUUCAUCGACUUAGUUCUUCCACAGGGAGAGAUAUAAAUCCUUUACUUGUUCACUGUGUAAUCUACAGAUUACUUCUUCCAUUAAUCAUCUAGUGCUCCUAUUAGUGAGAUUCAUCUUUUUUUUUGCAAAGCAUGCAACGGUUUGGAGUACUUUAUCAUGACCUGAUGAAACCUACAUGUCGUUAGCAUGCAUAUAUAUUAAAUGCAUUAAAUCUGGUUAAAUGCAUUCUACUACAACAGCCAGAAGCAAUCCAUUUUAUUAAAUGCAUUCUGGUUAGGAUUUGGUCAUAGCAGCACCUUGCUGUUCUGUUUUAAAUCUGGUUGCAAGUUUUUUUUUCCAGAACCAACAUCUUACAUUUCGGGCAUUGGGCAUUGGAAUUAGGAAUUUCUGUAUAAUUUUAGUUCUGGAUGUGUCCAAUGCAAACAUUACUGUGAGCUGACAAAUUGAUUCUAAAAUGUCCUAUUAACUUUAUUUCCGAUGGUGAUUUCUGGAUUUAGUACCAAUUUAUUGUUGCUCUCGCCUAUGCAUUGUACCUUGCUUUGUACCAAUUUAUUGCAUUAUUUGUUAUUUACUGUUAAAUACGCUGUUAGAUUAUUUUUAUUUUGUUCCUAACCAUUUUGUUGUAUAACGUGCCGAUGCUAUCCUUUCAUGUUUCUUCACAAGCAUCAGGACAAAGAAGAAGAAGCAUAGUUGAGUGGAUCUAGUUCUGGGAGUAAUGAAGCCCAUGUGAUGCUUCAUUACUAUACACUUGUAGAGCUUUUUAUCUGAUUGUAAACUUAAUGUUGAUCACAUUUAUAUGUGUUAUAUUAUGUAAAAGAUUGCUUUUUUGCUGUUA